GAGGCGGAGCCUGUUGCCCCCUGGGUACAACGGGCGUCCCGGGUGUUUGUCCUCUGCCCCCUGGGUUAUGAUUCUGUAAAAAGAGGUUGGUGUCCCUGAUGAGGGAGGCGGCCUGUCGCAGCGAGGAAUGAUGAAGGGCUCCGCAGUGUAGCGCGGCAGAGGCAGCCGAAGCGGGGCGAGCGUGCCAGGAUAGAGACGCAGCCGGGGGCCGCGAGCCGCUGAGCCCCGUCGGUCUGUGAAGGUCAUGGUUAGGAAGAAUUCUGAAUACAAUGAUAAACACAGUAUGCGUGAAGAUGGCUCAGAUCUUAAGACCACAUCUCAUAAAUGCUUCACUGAUUCCUCACGGGGUAAAGAUGCUGUCAGAUUCUGGAUCUAGGAUGAUCUCAACCCAUAAAUCCAAGAAGAAGAUGAAAGAAUAUUAUAGGCUGCUGAAUCUAGAUGAAGGAUGCUCUGCAGAUGACGUCAGGGAGUCUUUUCAUAAGCUUGCCAGACAGUAUCAUCCAGACAGUGGCUCUAAUAAGGCUGAUUCUGCAACAUUUAUAAAGAUCGAAGAAGCUUAUCGGAAUGUGCUUUCCCACGUGAUAGAGCAAAGACAGGCCAGACAAAACAAAGCUGAAGACACAGAAGAGGAGGACAAAUUCAAAUACAGUACACCUCAGCACCGGCAUUACUUAAGCUUCGAAGGCGUUGGCUUUGGGACACCAAGUCAGCGAGAGAAACAGUACAGACAGUUUAGGGCAGACCGUGCUACGGAGCAGGUGAUGGAAUAUCAAAAACAGAAACUUCAGAGGGAACACUUUGCCAAUAGCAUAACUGUCAAAGACGUAAGACAGAGCAAAGAACAAAAGAUAACUCAAGCCAUAGAACGCCUGGUGGAGGACCUCAUCCAGGAAUCGAUGGCCAGAGGAGACUUUGACAACCUCACCGGAAAAGGAAAACCUCUGAAGAAAUUUUCUGGCUGUUCAUAUAUUGAUCCCAUGACUCACAACUUAAACAGAAUAUUGAUAGAUAAUGGAUACCAACCAGAGUGGAUUCUGAUGCAGAAAGAAAUCAAGGAUACCAUUGAGCAACUUCGAGAAGGACUGUUAGUAUCUAGGAAGAAACUUGGGAACCCUCUGACACCCGAAGGACAGAAACAGUGGAACCAAGCCUGUGAGCAGUUUCAAGACAACAUCCAAAAGCUAAACAAGCGAAUCAGUGAUUUCAACUUGAUUGUUCCCAUCCUCACCAGGCAGAAAGUCCAUUUUGAUGCCCAGAAGGAAGUGAUCAGAGUCCAGAAAAUGUACGAGGCCUUCAUAGAAGCAAAUGAAAGCACAGAUGAAAAGCCAGUCCACGUUAGCCAGGAAGAAGAGAAAGCGCCCAGAGUCAAGACAGGCUUUCUAAACUGGUUGACUUUGUGGAAAUUCAUUAAAAUUUGACUCUUUUGA